AUGUCGUCCAAUCAAUCCAUCGAUGAUAAUGUCAUUCGACCACUCAGCGCUGAAUUGGCAUUGAAGGCUCAACAGGAAUUGGGCGAGGUGCCCGAUCGCAUUCCCGAGGACAUCGAAGCACUUCGCACAUGGAUUGCAAAGCAGCCCCACUUGAAAGCACGCGAAGAUGCCCAGUUUCUGGUUGCCUUUCUGCGCGGGUGUAAGUACAGCUUGGAGAAGACCAAAUUGAAGCUAGACAAUUUCUAUGCGAUGCGAGGUGCAGUUCCUGAGCUCUACAAAAAUCGUUUUGUGGGUGAAAAACAGUUGAACAUACUCAAGACGGGCUGCCUGUUACGAUUGUCGCAACCUUUGCAACCGGAUGGACCACGCAUUCACAUUUCACGAUAUGCCCAGUACGAUUCCAACAAGUAUUCCAUAGCUGAGGUAAUGCAGGUUAACACUAUGCUGGGGGAAAUUCAAAUACGUGAAGAUGACAAUGCUAUGGUAUCUGGAUUCGUGGAGAUUAUUGAUAUGAAAGGCGUGACAGCCGGUCACAUGUUCCAGUUCGAUGUGGUGCUGAUCAAGAAACUCGCCGUGCUGGGUGACAAGGCUUUGCCGUACAGACCCAAAGGUUUCCACUUUAUCAACGCACCUUCCACAGCCGAAAAGGCAAUGUCCAUUGCAAAGAGCUUGAUGAGUGACAAAAUUCGCAAGCGAUUCCAUAUACACUCCAAGCUGGAGACACUGUAUCAACACGUGCCCAAGGAGUGUCUUCCCGUUGAAUACGGAGGCACAAAUGGAAGCAUACAGAAUGUUGUAGACACUUGGACACAAAAACUGACCGACUACACGGAAUUCUUUGAACAGGAUGUGGUAUAUGGUACAAAUGAGAAACUGCGCCGCGGUCAGCCAAUUAACUCGGAGACGCUCUUUGGCAUUGAGGGAUCAUUUCGGAAACUUGACAUUGAUUAA